AUGGAAGCUCUGGCUCUAGCUCCAGCCCCAGCUCUGGCCCCUCAUACGCCACAUGAACCGUUGAACAAUUUGGUGCGUUGGCCAAUAACUGAGGACCUUAGGGAGGCAUUAACUAGGAUAGGUUUAGGAUUCUUUGAACGUUUUAAGUUCCAAAUGAGGUUGGAUUGUACCAUGGUAAACGCUUUGCUACGACACUAUGAUCGUAAUUUAAAGUGUUUUACCUUUAAUGGCUAUUCACUCUAUUUUAGUUUAGUAGAUGUCCUUCUCAUCACUGGUAUGCCAAUUGACGGUAGACCGGUUAUUGGCAGGAUAGGGAAAACAGAAACUUUAUUUUUGAAUGCUUUUGGUAUCAAUCCUCCUCCAGAGUCUUUGGAUGGAGGGAGGAUUAGGCUUAGUUGGUUAAGAGAAAAUUAUAGCAAUAACCCAGUACGUCCAGAUGAGGAUGGGUGGGCACACUAUCUUAGAGCCUAUCUCAUGUAUGUCAUUGGGUCAUAUAUAAUACCCGAUGACUGCACUGGGUUAGUUUCUGCCCAGUAUUUGGGGCUCUUGGACAAUCUUCAGGAGGUUGGCAGCUAUGCGUGGGGCGCAGCUGCAUGGGCGAGCUUGUACAAUUCUUUGGAUCGAGGAAUUGUAAACGGCUUGGCAUACGCUCUCAUGGUUUUUGCCCUAGAGCAUAUAAAGCCACUACGCAUAAAGCUGAUAGGGGAGACAGUGGAUCUCCCGAUGGAGUGUCCAUUAAUGGUGCCAUGGUCCCACCUUCUCCAUAAACGCUUGAAUGGGAACACAGUUCCCAAUUUUGGAUCCUAUAUGGAAAUUCUGGGGAACGCAACUGAUGAAAAUUUCAUACAGCAGCCUUAUCAGAGGCUUAGCCAUACUCUUCUAGGGGAGGGUUAUGAGCGUUAUGCCCUUCAGCUGGCUAAGGCAUGUUCAGUCACUCUGUGCAUCAAUUAUCACAUAGUUGUCCCUCACAAACCAAACAACUAUGCUAGGCAAUUAGGUUUUGAGAAUGUAGACCUAGAUUCGAUACCAGAGCUUCCUGAUGUGGUGGUUGAAGUAAGGAAGAAGGGGCCAAAGAAAGAUUUAAAUCUUGUUGACCACGGGCACUCUCCCCUGUACAUUAACAGCUGGGUUGGCAGGUUUCCUUUGAGAGGGCUGCGGAUAGCUGGUUUAGUAGGUCCUCCAUACGCUGUGGAAUUGCCGGCGCAUGACGCGCAUGACGUGCCUGUGCAUGCCCUUCAUGACAACCCACAACUGCCCCCCCACGACGAGCAACUACAGACCCUAAAACCUAAACCCAGGAAGAGAAGAAGAAGGGAAGUUCUGCAACCUAGUUCUACUGCUGUCCCGUCAGCAUCUCACCAGGCAGAGCCCUCCACCUUGCCUGCACCUGAACAGCUGUCUUGUGUUGAGGAACCGGAGGGUUCACAAUUUGUUGACAGAGAUACGUUUGAGAAUGCUGAUGCUGCAACAUCUCCAUCAUGCAAUCCUCCACUUCUGGCAUCUCAAGAUCAACAAUCUGAUGCAGCACCAGUAGAAGUUGCAGAAGCGGCAACACCGCCAGUCUUCAAUUCAUCGCCUUCCAUAGCUACCAACUUAGAAUCUGAAAACAACCCAUCAUCACAGUUGCUUCAAACCCCAAUUGGUUGGCCUCCUGAUGGCGAGCUCACCCUCAACUGGGUCCAAAACCUCAUGUCAGUCUUCGACUGGGCAUCUAGAAAUCUUAAGCCGGCCCAAUUGCCAGACAUGUUUCCUGUUGAGGUUUUUGAUAGUUUGGUCAUUUGUGCCACCCAGAUCCUCCACAAAGAGGCCAAUUGCGUCACCAUUGACAACUUAGCCUCAGAAUCCACAGUUGUUGUCGUCGGAGACCUUCACGGGCAGUUGCACGACCUUCUUUUCCUUCUCCGUGAUGCUGGCCUUCCCUCAGAAAAUCGAUUCUUUGUCUUCAAUGGAAAUUAUGUUGACAGAGGUGCUUGGGGUCUUGAAACUUUCCUAAUUGUGUUAGCUUGGAAAGUGUUCAUGCCAAAAAGGGUGUAUCUUUUGCGAGGAAAUCAUGAAUCAAAGUAUUGCACUUCUAUUUAUGGUUUUGAGAAGGAAGUGUUGACAAAAUAUAGUGAUAGAGGCAAGCAUGUGUAUCGUAGAUGUCUUGGGUGCUUUAAAAGUCUUCCUUUGGCUUCCCUCAUUGGUAAACAUGUGUACACUACACAUGGAGGUGUAUUUCGCCACAUCCCUGUGAUCCCCAAGAAAUCAAAGGGAAUGAAGAGUCGUAGGAUGGCUUUCAAUCCUGAAUCCAAUUCAUUAUCUUUGGGAUCUUUUGAAGAACUAAAUAAGGCUAGAAGAUUAGUUCUUGAUCCUUCAUGGGAGGGUUCCAACUUGAUUCCCGGCGACGUGAUGUGGUCGGAUCCUUCAACGACUCCGGGUCUCUCUUUUAAUAUCGAGAGAGGAAUUGGUUUGAUAUGGGGUCCUGAUUGCACUGAUAAUUUUCUCAAGAAAUUUCAACUGAAGUUGAUUAUCAGAUCGCAUGAAGGCCCUGAUGCACGAAAAAAGAGACCAAGUCUUGGUGGAAUGGAUGAAGGGUACACCAUCGAUCACAUUGUGGAGUCAGGAAAGCUGAUCACUUUGUUUAGUGCUCCAGACUACCCACAAUUUCAGGGGACAGAAGAGAGGUACAAAAAUAAAGGGGCUUACAUUAUCUUGGAACCCCCUAAUUUUGAUGAUCCUGUAUUUCAUAGUUUCGAAGCAAUUACUCCAAGACCAAAGGCAGAUCCCUUUUACAAUUUUGAAGAUGUGACUGAUGCUGAUGAAGAGUUGGGCUUGGCAUCAAUGGUGACCAGUUCGUGA